CAUUCUUUGUCCUCUUAUGCAAUAUGGGAGCCUUCCCUAAACAAACCUUUAUCUGCGAUACCAUGUAGGGAAGAUUUCUCUCAGCUCGCCAUUUGCCUUUGUCCUCAACUAGAAAAAAAAGCAUACUUGUUUACUUCCAAGAGCAGAUAUAAAAUGAGCCACCAGCUGCUAAUCCCGGACAAGACUUUCAUAAUCCAUGUAUACCAUCCUCCAUUGUUCUCUCGACCCCUUCAGACCCAGAUAGUCCAAUCACGUCGAAACCCUCCAUAACAAUGGCACAGCCUGAGGACAAUACCGACCAUACCCCCAUGUUCACCGAGGUGGAGGAUUUGCCCGGCUUAGAUGUAUGCUCGAUUGCAAUCCUACGUCUCGAGAAUGUGGAUUAUCCCGAGCUGAUCGCCGACGAGUGGGCGCUGGCCCUGCAGAUCUUGCAGAAUGUCUGGCGGGACCGCCGUCUCAAAUCCCCAGCGCUUAGCAGCAGGCAGCUGGGUGGCGUUCUCGUUGCCAGGGGGUGUAUACGCAUGUUCAUCGAGGGCCCCCUGGAAACUGGGGACUGUGGCCAGCCGCUGUGCUGGGAGUACAAGGGUGUAGAUAAGUUUGUUGAAAUGCAUCUGGAACAGAAUUAUCAGGAUUUCCAGGCUGCCUUUGAAGCAUUCUUCGAUGAUUUGGGGGAUGAGACCGAGGUUGAGGUCGAGGCCGAGGCUGGGAGUUGAGAUUCGACGAGUCUCUUAUGGGAAGGGUACUGGUUCUGGACAAUUAUUCUUCACCUGUUUAACUCUUCACCGCAAGCGAUGAUAAAAUACUGCAAUAAAAAUG